UUCUCAUAUCAAAACCCAUUUCUCCUCUAAUUAUUUACCCUCUCCCUCAUAUCAGAUAGCAAUAUUAACUAUCAUAUAUAGAAGAAAAAAAUAUCGUAUUGUAUAGAAUACUCAUCAAAACCAUAGAAUAUGCCUUUCAGGAUCAAGCCCCUACCUCUCAUCUUCCUCGUACUCAUUUUUUGCUCUUCAUCACUAGCUAUAGUGGAAGGCUCUAUCCAACUGGGAGGCGCAAAGAUGCAUGAGAGUUUCAUGCGUUACAAGAGUGAGGAGACGGAAGUGAACAAGAUCAUCAUGAGCCACAGGAAGUUGAUGUUCCACUCGACUGCGGACUACGACGACGCAGGACCCAACCCUAAGCACGAUCCAAGAAGGAGGCCCGGAGGCAAGCCUUGAAUCAUUCAAGACACGAUUAUCGCUCUAUAUAUAUAUAAGCACAUGCAUGAACGGGUAUCUUUAUAUAUGAAUGUAUGCAAUCCUCCUAUUCUGACUUUUGUUUGAGGAUGAGAUCAGUGUACAAUACCCUUCAGAAACGCGUUGGUGAAAGGAGAUUAGUAUACUAAAUUACUAAUUAAUUAUAGUCACCUUGUUUUAUUGACAUGUAUGUAGUAGCCUUUAACUCUCUGUGUACUUCGUUAUAUCGGAUAUUAAAUAAAGAGAGUUAUUUUUUUU